GUGUCGCGCGAGAAGGGAGUGUCGGGCGCCUGUCUCGCCGCCCUCCCGGUCCUCCCAGUGAUCCCGAAUUUCCUCGCGAGCACACGCGCUUCCCGAGGAUGACGCUCCCGAGUCCGGUCUCGCCCGUCUGGUACGCACGGCAUUAUUCACGAGCGAGCACGCCGGACCCCUGAUCGCGUUCACGAUCCGGAGAAAAGAAACGAAAAGAAAUAAAUCGAGGAUCGCCUUGGGAAGACGCGUCAUUGUCGCGAAUGUUCUUGUGUCGCGACGGAAUUCGCUCAGCUAACCUAACUCUCUCGGCGGCGACGAGCACACGAAGACUAUCGAUUGCCAAGUGCAUUUAAAUGGCUGCGCGUGGAAUCGCUAAUUAAGCGACUCGCAGAAGCAUCCGCCGCUCGAUUGUACGGAGCGUACACUUCAUCGUACGCGAGAGGAAUCUUCCGUCGAAUGGCAAUCCACCCGCUCGAUUGAUCGACAACCGAUAGACAUCGAAGCGUGCGGAGCAGUUCGCAUUCUGAAAGAUCCUCGAUCGCCCGCACGGAGAACGAGAGAGAGAGAGAGAGAGACACACGUAUCCUUGAUGUUAUGGCGAGACGCACAAGGAGCCGGUAGUUCGUGGUUGGCAGGGAUGUCCUCGUGACAUGUUACCCCGUGACCUUGGCUGGCGCAACUACAACGUCCUCCGUGGAGAGGGUCGUCUUCUGGUGCGCGGAUCGAGCGGUAAUACGAACGGUCGAUCGGUGUUCUUCAUUCCACGCGAGAUCGAGUACCGCCUGCUACCGCUGGUGCAGGUCAAACCUGAUUUCGUGAUCCCAUAUGUGCUCUGCUGGAGGGUGCCGGGCGCGAUUCACCGUAUCCAGAUUAAUCCAUUGGUUGUCCAUCAUCAUCACCACCAUCACCAACAGCAGCAACAGCAUCAGCAGCAGCAGCAGCAGCAGCAGCAUCAUUACCAGCAGCAUCGUCAGCGCCGGCGAUACUUCGAAGGAGCGCAGCGAGCACGUCCCGCGCCACCGCCUUCGACGGAACAUCGUCCUACGUACGGCGCGCAGCGUGACAUCCUUGUGGAUUCUGGUAUGGAAACAAGAGUGGACCGUUUCGUAGUGAACCGAAAUGAGGACACGAGGUAUAUAUUUAGAUCUUUUUUACCUAUAAAAUCAUGCGUACGUUAAUUCUUUAUUAAUUUUCUUUAAACUUUAUCAUCAUUCUAACAAUUUCGCUAUCAAUAAUCAAAUAACUAAUAUUUGGAUGCAUAUAUAUGCAUAUAUUGUAUCAGUCGCGAAGCAGCCAAGAAGAAACAUUAAAUUAAUUUAAUCGAACAGCAUGUCCGUAAUACGACCUCUCGGUGCCGAGGUUCAUGCGCAAUUUUUCACUCGUUGAUUUGUCUCUUUGCAACUCUUUUAAUUAUUUUCUUAAAUUUUCAUUUUGGCAUUGAUCGCGACGUGACGAAUACCAAAAAAGAAAUGCAA